GCGGCCUCAUGGAUGAGCUGGUACAUGACCUAGCCUCAGCCUUGGAGCAGACAUCUGAGCAGAGCAAGCUCGGUGAGCUGUGGGGGGAAAUGGCCCUGAGCCCUCGGCAGCAGAGGAGGCAGCUUCGGAAGCGCCGGGGCCGGAAGCGUCGUUCUGACUUCACUCACCUGGCAGAGCAUACCUGCUGCUACAGUGAGGCCUCUGAGUCAAGUCUGGAUGAGGCCACUAAGGACUGUCGAGAAGUGGCCCCAGUCACCAAUUUUAGUGACUCUGAUGACACAAUGGUAGCCAAACGGCACCCAGCUCUCAAUGCCAUUGUUAAGAGUAAGCAACAUUCUUGGCAUGAAUCUGACUCCUUUACAGAAAAUGCACCUUGUCGACCACUCAGGCGCCGGCGGAAGGUGAAGCGAGUGACAUCAGAGGUGGCUGCCAGCCUUCAGCAGAAGCUGAAGGUGUCCGAUUGGAGCUAUGAGAGAGGCUGCAGGUUCAAGUCUGCUAAGAAGCAGCGUCUGUCCCGCUGGAAGGAGAAUACUCCCUGGACCUCCUCAGGCCCUGGGUUGUGUGAAUCAGCAGAAAAUAGAACUUUCUUAAGCAAAACAGCAAGGAAAGAAAGGAUGGAGUGUGAGGCAGAUGAACAGAAACAGGGCUCUGAUGAAAACAUGUCCGAAUGCGAAACCAGCAGUGUGUGUAGCAGCAGCGACGCUGGACUUUUCACCAAUGACGAAGGGCGGCAAGGGGAUGAUGAGCAGAGUGACUGGUUCUAUGAAGGAGAAUGUGUCCCUGGAUUCACGGUCCCCAAUCUCCUGCCCAAGUGGCCUCCUGAUCAUUGCUCUGAAGUAGAAAGAAUGGAUUCUGGACUGGAGAAGUUUUCAGAUUCCACAUUCCUUCUGCCAUCUCGGCCAAUUCAAAGAGGGUACCAUGCUCGCUUGAACCGUCUGCCUGGAGCUGCAGCUCGAUGCCUCAGAAAGGGACGAAGAAGGCUGGUUGGGAAGGAGGCCAGCAUCAGUACUUUGGGUACUGAGAGGAUGAGCCAUAUCCUGAGUGAUCCUCGGCAGAAGGAAAAGAAUAAAGCGUUGGCAUCUGAUUUUCCUCACAUUUCUGCUUGUGCACAUGAGCUGAAUCCCCUCUCUCCCCUGUAUUCCCUGGAUGUUCUUACUGACGCGUCUCACCGGCGAUGCUCACCAGUGCACUGCUCAGCCAGACAAGCAAAUGUACACUGGGUACCACCGUGUUCACGUGACAUCAAGAGGAAACGGAAACCUGUGGCCACAGCAUCUCUGUCUAGUCCCAGUGCAGCAGCAUUAUUCAAAAUAGCCAGAAGGUGGAAACAACUCAAAUAGCCAUUACUGGCUGAAGGGGUCAACAGUGUGCUUUAUUCCUACAGCAGGAUGUUAUUCAGCCUGAAAGCCUUUAUUAUGCAGAAUAAAACUCUCACACAUGCUACAACAUUGAUGAGACGUUAUGCUAAGUGAAAUAAGCCAGACAUAAAAGGGCAAAUACUGUAUGAUUCCACCUUUAUGAGCUACCCAGAAAAGUCAAAUUCUUGGAAACACAAAGUAGAAUGGUAGUUGCCAGGGGCUGGGGGAAGUGGGACAUGGGUGUUAUUUAAUAGGUACAGAUUUUCCACUGGGGAUAAUUAAAAGGUCCUGGUGACAGACAGUGGUGAUAGCUACGCGACAGUGUGAAUAUAGUUCAUGCUACUGAGCUAUAC